CGAAGACAUCGUCUUCGGUUAUGUGAAGAAAACUUUGAGCGGAGUCCUAAGCGAUUCCCGGUACCAUCCAGCACGUAAGGACUGGGCAUAGACGACAAUGAAUCACGAUCGGUUCACUGAGCUUCGGAAAUGUGUAUAUAUGCAUUGACUGUCUCGGUUGUAGUCAGAAGAAAAAGGGGGAAGUGUGCCCCAGGGCUCAAGUAAACGGAGAGAGCUAGUAGUAGUCCGGAUGCUUGCUCUCCGAGACAUCUCUGCCCAAAUCCAACAAAAUAAUACGCGUCGAUAACGUCGCCGAUUCGACCCAGUUCUCGAAGUAUGAUCGAUCUGUGUUCGAAAUUUCAAGACGUCGACCUUUCUGCAAACGGAGAGAACAUCAACCGGCCACCGUUUUCAAAACAAAAUCGAGUUUUCGUGAGGUCAUCUGUGGUCCAUGCCGGUCAACAUGAGAGGGAUCAGAAUUCAGACUGGUGGAAACAAUGUGGUGGGCGAACAAUGAAGACGAACCGCAGAAGAUAUCUAGUGGCUCUGCUUGCGCUCUCGGUGCUCGCGUUGCUGGCAUUGCAAAACUACGACAACCGACGCUGUGCGGAGAAGAGACCUGCGACAGGCUCGAGAGCUCGGUUGCAAUUGCAAUCCAAUGGGUCGGACUGUCAGAGAGUUUGUGGCAACGUCUCGAUCCCCUACCCCUUCGGACUUUCAUCACAAUGCGCCUUCAGUUCCUACUUUGUGCUGGAGUGCAGAACUGACCUGGGAGCAAAUCUCACGUCGGAUGUGCCAGGUCCGUGGCCGGUUCUGACCUCCAUAAGAGCCACAUCCACUCUCGGACAACGUUUCAGGAAUGGCACCAAAACUCAUCGAUUUUUCGAGGUGAAUUUUCUGCCCGUAUCGCAAAUACAGUCAGGAUUCAUUGUCGUAGAUGCGACGGAUAUCAAAGCGAUGGGGUGCAACAUGAAGGUGAAUGCCAGCCUUUCUCUCGACGAGCAAAGCCCUUAUUGGAUUUCUCAGGAUAAUUUCUUCAUCGUCGUAUCUUGUUCGUCUUCAGGAUCGGCUGACGGGGGGUAUUUCAAAACCCAGUGCGGUCCAGUUUCGUGUGUCAACCAGUACGCGAUGCCGUACUGUAAUGUGUAUGACUGUUGCAUACAGACCAUUGGCAAGAACAAGGCGAUGGCAAUGGAUGCGACCGGAGGAAUAUUCCAAGAUUUCACAAAUUGUGGCUACUCCACCGUUUUGUAUCCAGAUUCAUUUGUUGGCGGAGGGGCAGGAGUUGGUGACGGACACUACGGAGUCGCUCUGUCGUUUUCCAUCCCGAGCAACGAUACUGACAGAUGCAAUUCAGUGGAUGCUGAAAACAAUGAAUGCUCCAUAUCUGCAAAAUGCCAUAACCAGCUGGACGGCUACUAUUGUCAGUGCGAGAAGAAGGGCUACGAGGGAGAUGGUUAUAAAAAUGGCACCGGCUGUAAAGAUAUCAACGAGUGUGAGAGGUCGAACAAUUGCUCCAGUAUUGCUACAUGCGUUAACAUUGAUGGGAGCUAUAAGUGUAAAUGCCCUAAAUUCAUGGAAGGCAAUGGUCGAGAUCCCCAGCUGGACGCUCGUGGUAACGAUUGCUCUUGGAUCGACCGGUGUCAGGCUGAGCUCAAUGUCUGCCCCCCAUAUGCUAAGUGCACUUUCGACAGCAGCUCUGGCGAUUUGAAUUGCACGUGCCAAGAUGGGACUUUCGGAGACGGGCACGUCAACGGAACUCGUUGCACGCUCAAAAAGACUUCCAAUUUGCCUAUAAUAAUCGGUGUGAGUGUCGGUAGUGUGGUAGCGUUCAUUAUCAUCAACAGCAUCCUAUUGUGGUAUUUCUAUCGGAGGAAGCGGCGUGCGUUCGAUCCGGCAAUUUUCUCCCAACAAGAGCUGCUGAAUGAGAUCGAGAACAAAGAGGGCGCCAAAAAAUGCAAACUUUUCACCUUCAGCGAGCUUCGAGAGGCAACGAAAGACUUCUCGGUCGAGCUCGGAGCUGGAGGAUUCGGCACCGUAUUCGAAGGAACCCUGCGGGACGGAACCAAGGUGGCCAUCAAGAUGGCCAAACACGGAAUGGGCGAGACACGACACGAGGCGAAACAGUUCGUCAAUGAAAUUGUCAUUCUGUCGCAAUUGAAUCACCGGAAUCUCGUGAACUUGCUGGGAUGCUGCUUGGAGAAACGGGUACCCGUCCUUGUAUACGAAUUCGUCUCUAAUGGCAAUCUGCACGAACACAUCCAAAUGAAACGCCAAACGGAAGCUCAGAGGUCCUCUGAGGCAUUGGUUGACGACACUAGCUACUUUCGUUAUCCACCCCUAAACUGGACUUUACGUUUGAAGAUAGCAAUUGAGACAGCGGAGGCAUUAGCAUAUCUCCACUGGGGAACGUCUCCCCCUGUUUACCAUCGAGAUGUCAAGUGCGCUAAUAUUCUUCUGGAUAACACUUACAACGUUAAAGUCGCUGAUUUUGGUUUGUCGAAACUCGUCCCUCUCGAGGACACAGAUGCAAAUGCGGUCCCAACGGCAAUACAAGGUACUCCUGGCUAUAUGGACCCAGCGCUUUUUGACCAGUACGAGUUAACGGACAAAUCAGAUGUAUACAGUUACGGUGUACUGCUACUCGUCAUUCUUACAGGACAGAGACCAGUGGAUCUUACGAGACAGCCUAGGGAUCAAAAUCUUGUCAACAGAUGUAAUCGUUUGAUGGCUCAGGGUCUUUUCUCAGAGAUGAUUGAUCCAGAAUUAGCAGAGGCUGUUGAGAGUCCAGACACCCUGGAAGCCAUCGAUGCAUUUGCCAAGCUUGCUUUGAAAUGUGCUAGCAGAGAUGGCCAGGAUAGGCCAACCAUGAAAGAAGUGGUGUCGGAGUUACAGAAUAUUCAAGGAAGGAGAAAGUUGAGGAACUCAAUUUCACAAAGGCUCAAGAGCCUGACGAAGAUGGUGACCUUUCAUCGAGAGUACUCUUUGGUUCCCCUUGGUGAUGGACAAUCGAGCAACUCCAACUCUAUAUCGACCCCAAGCUCCACCCUAGUCCUGCCAUGGUCAGAUUCAGAAAGUUCUCAUCUGUCUUCAAGUGGACUCAGUGAGUUUGAACUUUCAAGGCAAGGAAGCAAAUCUUCCACUAAAUAUCCUUGACUUUGGAAACAUCUUGUACCAAUAGCGACUUGAACCUUUUCUAGAUAUGCUUCAAAUAAGAGGGCAUUUCAUGAUCUGGGGUAUCCACAAUCAUUCGAUCAGAGUGAUUAUCGGUUGCUGGAUGCUUUUUUCGGGCCUGCAGCUCCAGUUUUUUGGGUGUCUUGCUUUGGUAUUCAUCCUUUCCUAGAGUGUGGAAAAAAAACUUUAUCCAGUCUUCGAAAAGUUAGGCAUGGGAUGGGAAAGCACCUUCGGUUGCAAAUUAGAAAGUCCCAACUGUAAAUACAUUUGUUUCCGGAUCAGAAUUUCGUGUAAAUACGAGUGAUCGAUGUGAAUUUGGCUUGGGCUCUUUCAUCGAUUUUGUAGAACUAUAUUAGCGACCUUGUAACACCAGCGGUUAGUAGAAGCAGAUCAGGGUAUUAGCAAAGUGAGAUAUAGGGUUAGAGUAAAACAGGUUGGAGUCUAGCAAAACUUGUCACAGUUUUGGUUUGAUAACUGAGUAUCCAUCACACUACAUACUCGUAGGAUAGAAGGCAAUUGUUUUGACAC